AUUUCGAACAGAAAAAUAAGAUGUUAAAACAUCCCAAAUCUCACAAGAGGUUUUACAGACUACAAGUUGUGGUAGAAUGCUCACCAAAAUUAAGCUGACCAAUCAGGAAACUAUCAACUUAUCUUGGUGAUUCUACAGAUCAAAAUCUGGGUUGCGUUUGAAUUGAGAGUUGUUGCUGGGAGUGGAUGAGACAAAUUCUGAUGGAUGCAUGGGUAGAUCCAGAUGGGAAUCCCUCCAGGCCAAAACCUUCUGCAGCAGCAAAGAUCUGCUGCUUCCUCAAGAGAUAGUAAUUGUGGUCGAGCUUCAUUGCAAUAAGUUGGUGGUGUUUGGGGAGAAUAUGCCAUUGUUGGAUUUCAAGCUCUCAGGAGCUCUGAUACCAUAUAGAGAAUUAGAGAAGAAAAAGAAUAAUUUCUGGUAAUUCUGUUCAGAAAUUUUUACAAGCUCUCUCUUGUUGACACACCACUACCACCUCAUUGUCACACUAUCAGCUUCAAUAGUUGGUUGGGAAUGCUUCCUGGGACAUGGGCUUAUGUCAGUGCUGGUGCAUUUGGGCGAGCAAUCAUUGUGAGUAAAGUAUUUGACAAUAUAGUAGUGUCAUAUCUACUCUCUGUGUGUGUGUAUCUUGUUGAUUUUUUUCAGUUUUUGAACUUUGUCCUUGUUGGGAAAUGAAGAAAAUGCUCAAAGUUUAUAUACAACUGCGUUUUUUCAGAUUUUGAUGUAGAAGAAAUAAUUGUGAAAAGAUAAGAAAUUAUACUCAUAGCCUUGAAUUCCUUUGUUUUUUGCAAUGUUUUGAUAUUUGAAGCUCUUCUACUCUUACCAUCUGGAUGUUUUAGAGAAAUUGUGUGGCAUCAUCUUUGAUCUCACAUUUUGUAAUUUGAUUCAAUCUAGAAGGCUUUUUUUUUUUUUUUUGUUGCUUUGCUCAUCCUUUUUACUCCCUUUUUGGUGUUCUGGGCUGGGGAUUUAUUGGGGGUUUCUGCAGCAAGAAGAAUCAGAGUUUGGCUUACCUGGAGGAAAUGGCCAGUUAUUGACACUGGGCCUGGGACUCUUAGCAACAGCCCUGGCUGCAGUUUAUGUGACACGCCUAGCAAAGCCAUGCCUUUUUGAGAAUGAGAUUCUUCGAAAAAACCCACAUCCAUCAACACACUCUGGUUGAUCUGAGUCAGAACCAUCCUCAUGGUUUCUGACAUCUUGGAUGCUUUUGGGUUCCUAUCCAGGCAUUUCGCCAAAAAAUCCAACCCCUCCUUUGAAAGAUGAGUUGGGAUCUGAGUUGGAGGAGUUAAGCAUAGACGUGAAUCCAGAUGAUGUGAGAUGGAAUGAGACGGUGAAAAAUAUUAUAAAAGAAGUAUGCUUCUUAAAAGGGUUGAAGGUUCUCAAACUUUACUUGCCCGAAGUUACAUUGUUGAAUGAAUUCAAUCAGAAUGAGAUAUCAUUCCGGUCAUUGUCAAGCUUCAACUUUGUAGUUGGUGCUCAUCUUAAGCGCACUAUAUCUCAAUUCCCACGUGAAACAACAUUCGAGUUUAAGAAGCAAAAAAGAUGCUUGAAGUAUGUUAAUGGUGAAGAUAUCCCAGUUGAAAUUAAGGAGGUGCUCCGGCAUGCUACUGCACUCUUCCUGGAUCGUCAUUUAGCUCUUACCAAGCUAUCUGAAUUUGGGAUUGAAAAUAUGAAGGAGUUGGAAGUUUGUGUAUUGGAGGAAUGUAAGGAGAUCCAAACCCUUGUGGAUGGAGCUGAAAUCAACAAACAAGAAGAUAAUGCUGGAGAUGUCAAUGAAGAAACUGUACUUGGAUCACUACGGUACUUGAAUAUUCAUUAUUUGAAGAAUUUAAGGAGCAUCUUGAAAGGGCGAGUUCAAAAGGGUUGUCUAUCCAGCCUAAAGUCCUUGGCAUUGCAUACAUGUCCCCAAUUGACGAUCGUUUUCACUUGGGAUUUGCUUGAAAAUCUCAACAUCUUAGAGGAGCUUGUGAUUGAAAAUUGUCCUAAAAUCAUCAGCCUUGUAACCCAUGAGCUUCCUGCAACAGUUGUGCUCAAUAGAGCAUCUUUCAAAGUUGAAGAAGAUAUCUCUUCAUUAUAUGCAUGAAUUGAUCAGUAUUUCUAGUGCUCUACGCAUUGUGCCAAAAGUAGAAUGGAUGAGCUUCUAUGGUUGCCCAAACCUCAAAACUCUUUCUCCCAUGGAUGUUUCAAGUAGCAAUUUAAAGGGGAUCAUAGGAGAGGUGGACUGGUGGAAUGAAUUGACUUGGGAUGUUCAGAAAGAAAAUCUGGAUUCUAUAUUUGUCCCCGUUAAAAGAGCCACAUAAUUGAUGAAUCAGAUGGCAGAAAUUGGUGAUCAGCUUCAGCUGAAGCAAGAGAGAAGCCUUCUCAACAUCCAGGUUAUUUUUACAUUUCCUUAUCUUUUCAAAGACAGGUAAUCCCUCUUGUAUUUGCUUUAUUCAUAGUAGGUACACAGUUCCAUUCAUUGCAUAUUUGAGUAUCUUCAUUGAGAGCUAAAUGAUUCAUUAUCAUAGAAUGGGUUGCAAGUUGAAUCUCCAGAAGCAUGUGCAAAUUUUUUCAGUUUCCCAAAGAAAUAAACCUUUGUUUUGUCCUGCUGAAAAGCAU